AAAGGAGGGCCGGACUCGCCGAGCCGCCAAAAGAGAAUGGGGAGAGACAGUCGUGCGGAGACCAAGAGCCGCGUCGGAUCACGCAACGGAAUCGCGAAAUUCUCAGGAGCCACGUGACACGCGACAGAGGAGGAGGAGGAGGAGGACGAUCGAUCGUUUCCCUGUUUUUCUUUUUUUCUUUUCUCUCUCUCUCUCUCUCUCCCUUCCCUAGUUUCGAUAAUAACUAAGCCGCUUGGAUUUCUAAUAUCGAUCCCUUCCGCCCUGUUUCGCGCGGUUAACCGCGUACCUCGCCUCCCUUCUGCGAGGGAACCUCCGUAAAGGGAACUUCCAACCCCCCCGAUAGUAGGAGCGAAAGUAUCGUCGCGAGUUCACGUGUCACGCUCCGCUCUUUUUUUUUUUUUUUUUUUCCCUCCUUUCUCCCGUUUGGAAAGAAGAGUUUAAAGAGAAGUCGUCCCCGCGAUGGCCGGCUGUUGUGCGAGUUGAUAGAAAGUGGUAUAAGCGGCGUGGAAUGCUCGAGGAACGGUACAUCGGUGUGUUCUAAACGAUUGGUGAGUACGCAAUGGAAUAAAAAUAACGUCGAUAUUUUUCUCGUUCGAUAUUCUCUUUUACCUGUGCACUCGAUUCGUAAACAAGGGCCAACUAUUUUAUUAACGAAAUAUCAAAUACGCACGUAUAUUUAUUUUAUUUUCAAUCCAGAUCUACCGCUCGCUAUAUUACAUGUACUUUAUCUAUCAUGUAUCACGUAUUCAUAUUGUAAUUGUGUUGUUUCUGUUCCCUUUUCCUUUAGUUUAAGGGAGAAUCCGGUUAGAAUUAGGUGGAACACGUGAACGCGCAAGAACAACAUACAAAGAAAAUCGGGUUGAACCGGAACGAAACCCGAUUUAUCCGACUCGGUUUAGAUUCGCGACCGAAACACGGUCAGUCGAGCUUAUCGGCUCGGUUCAUCCGUAACGCGACUUUACACGCAGGGAUCGGUACAUUGUUAGACGCCGGAGUAAAUUCCUUGAAUUCCACGGGACAUGUGCGAACUGUUCUAUUAAUGUACCCAUCACGGGUUCCCUUCUCUUUCCUCGGACGACCACGGCCGCGCACGCACCUCGAUUCCCGCUCUUUCUCCGCUGCUGUUUUCUCCAUACCCCUCUUCCCCUCCCACCUCUUUCACCCGGCGCCGCGCCGAUGGAACAGGAGAGCCACGGUGUAUUUAAACUUUCGUUCGAAGGGGAACACGAGGCGAAUGCCUCGGCCCGGAUGGACCCGUUCUCGCCUCGAUGAAGAAGACACGGGACACCCGGUAAAUGGGAACCCGCGUUUACGAUAUUCGUGAACGUCGAACGCAGUCUCGAGGAUGGAGGAAUGUAGAGAUUGUGUCAAAUGCGCGGAGUAUGACGUCAAAUGCAAUUAGAGGUAUUCGGAGGAAGAAGAGUUCGUUAUGCGAGGUGAAGGUGGCUGUGAUUGGAGCGCCAGGUGUCGGCAAAAGCGCAUUGACAGUGAGAUUUCUAACGAGGCGGUAUAUCGGGGAAUAUGAUCACCAAUCAGAGAACAGAUACAAACACGAGGUGUUAGUCGAUGGCGAGCCCAUCCUCUUCGAAAUUUUGGACACCUGCCCGAAGAGCGAGGACGAGCUACCUUCUACGGAAACUGUACAAUGGGCGGAUGGAUUACUUUUAGUCUAUUCGAUAACCGAUAGGGGCUCUUUCAAUUUCGUGAGGAAAGCGAAAGAAACUUUGGCGGUGGUUGAUCCCGAAGCCGCUAUGCCUCUUGCCCUGGUCGGGAACAAAGCCGAUAUGGUACACUUGAGACAAGUUAGCACCGAAGAAGGAGAAAUACUGGCGAAGGAUUUUGAAUGUUGGUUUAGCGAAGUAUCUGCCGCGGAGCAGGUCACACAAGUUGCCGAAUCUUUCCACGAAUUGUGUCGAGAGGUUCUGGCAGCAAGAAGAAGGAAUAAACAAUCUUUAUUGGAUAGAAUGCUUGGUAGCAAAGCAACGCGUGCUUAUUCACGAGGUAAAAGUGAUUCAGCGCUUCCGAAAGAUUAAUAUAUAAUAUAUAUAUAUAUAUAUAAAAUUAUACAUUUUUACUUAUACGUAUAUCGUUUCGUACAAUUUAUAUUAUAUACAAAUUUUAUAAAAGAAUCGUUUUUAAGGAAAUUUACGAUGUAAUCUUAUGGAUCAAAAGUAAACAGCACAUAGUUUAUUAUAUAUGUGUGUGUACUCGAUUAUUGAAAGUUUAAGUACCAAAGAUUUAUGUAGCAUUGUGUAAUAAUGUUUUUGAUUUAUAUGAUAUUAUAUUAUAUAAAUGAUAUGUAAUACAUAAAUUUUAGAGAUUCAUAUUUCAAUAUUUUAUCAACGUGUAAACAAAGAGUUUUUUAAUACAUUCUCUCGUGUUUUCUAAUGGAAAAUUUUAUAGUUUUAGUAUGAAUUAAUCUAUGUAAAAAUUUAAUGCAAUAUAUAAAGUAUUUAAGUCAAAAUUUCAUAUUUUAUCGUGUUAUAACAUAUAAAAAUUGUAUAAUUUGUUCAUUUUGUAAGGCUGAUUACAAAUAUGUAACCUAUGUGAGUAUAGUUUAGACAGAUAUAAAAACAUAAAAUAAUUAAUCUAUAUUUAUUUUGUACUUAUAAUGAAAUUAUGACAAUAAAUAUUUUACUUAUUUAUUA